AUGGGUUACCCUGAUACUUUCGAAGGCUUCUGCGUCGACAGCCCCAAAUCAUGGAACAAGUUCGAGAAGCAAACCCUUACACCCAAGACCUGGGGAGACCGCGAUAUUGAUGUCGAGAUCGAAUGCUGCGGUGUCUGCGGCUCUGAUGUCCACACCGUCACUGGCGGCUGGGGAGACUUUGAGGGUCCUCUCUGCGUCGGCCACGAAGUUGUCGGCAAGGCCGUACGAGUCGGUGACAAGGUCAGCGAGAUCAAGGUUGGCGACCGUGUUGGUGUUGGUGCUCAGGUCUCUUCUUGCCUCGAGUGCAAGCUAUGCAACAACAAGAACGAAAACUACUGCCCUGACAUGGUCGACACUUACAACUGCAAAUACCCUGAUGGUAGUGUCGCUCAUGGUGGUUUCGCUUCUCACAUCCGUGCUCACGAGUACUUUACCUUUAAGAUCCCCGAUGCUCUCAAGAGUGAGCAGGUCGCUCCUCUUCUCUGUGCCGGUAUCACCACUUAUUCUCCUCUCGUGAGAGCUGGCGUUGGUCCAGGCAAGGUCGUUGCAGUUCUUGGUAUUGGAGGUCUCGGCCAUAUGGGUGUUCAAUGGGCCAAGGCUUUGGGUGCUGAGGUUUACGCCAUGACACACUCCCCCUCCAAGGUCGAGGAUGCAAAGAAGCUGGGCGCAAAGGAGGUCAUCGUCACCUCUGAGGAGGGAUGGGCCGACAAGUACAAGUUCACCUUUGACUUUAUCCUCAACUGUGCCGACAUGACACACAAGUUUGACAUGAACGCCUACAUGGGUACACUCAACAUCGGCGGCGAGUUCCACAACGUUGGUCUUCCCGAUGAGCCCCUUCCCCAGUUUACUGCCGGUACAUUUGCUGGUAAUGCUGGUAAGAUUACCGGCAGCCAUCUCGGUAACAACCAGGAGAUGAACGCCAUGCUUAAGCUUGCUGCUGAGAAGAACAUUGUUGCUUGGGUUGAGACGAUUGACAUCUCCGAGAAGGCAUGUGCUGAGGCGAUCGAGCGUGUAAAGGAGAAUAAGGUGCGCUACCGAUUUACCUUGACUGGAUUCGAAAAGGUUUUUAAGAAGGAUUAA